CAAACAUGGCGGCGCCCAUGUGACUUAACAGUUUUUGUCAUGCUGAGAUGUGUGGCCGUUGUUAGUUUUAUUGCGUUUGAAAAUCAUUAUAGUCAGUAUUUUACGGGUAAAGGCCAACAUAAGUCAUCAUGUCUGCGUGUAGGCUGUGCCUGCAGCGACAUAUCUUUAAACAAUUGAGGAGCAGUUUAUCAAGCAAUGGCCUCUGCCAAUCAAGACUCACUCUCAGGUCAAAGGUCAAGGGUCAGAACCGAGGAGUGACCACCUGGUCCCCACUGGCAGCAGCUUUUAAUGCGAAGCUGAAGAGUCUACCAAAUACAAGUGGGAGGAAUGUGGGUCUCUUUGAGAUGGACGAUCUGACGAGCCCAGAGGGAUUUGCUAAAGCUCAAGGAGCUUCUAUCAAGGAGGCGGAAGAGCUGGUCAAUGAAGCGAUACAGUCUCCCACCAGCGCUGACAUCGUUGUGAUCUUUGACAAACUGUCCGACUCACUUUGCAGGAUUGCAGAUCUUUCAGAUUUCAUCCGAGUAGCUCACCCAAACCAAGAGUUUGCUAGAGCCGCAGAGGAAGCAUGUCUUCAGAUCAGUGCAAUGGUGGAAAGAUUAAAUACAAACGUGGCGUUGAAAGACUCCCUGCAGAGGCUCCUAGAUGACCCAACAACCUUCUCUGCCAUGGACGAGGAAUCACAAAUUGUCGCCAAACUUUUCAUGUUUGACUUUGAGCAGAGUGGAAUCCAUUUAGAGGAAGCUAAGAGGAAAGAGUUCGUUCGACUGAAUGAAGAGGUUCAUAUCCUUGGGAGUCAGUUUGUGCAAGGAACACAAGCAGCUCAUGCCAUAGAGAAGAAGCGGUUACCACAGCACAUCCAGCAUUCAUUCGCACUGGACGGUGACAACGUGAUGGUUGGUUCCCUGUAUGGAGAAAGCCCAAGUGACUUGGUUCGGGAAGCUGCCUACAAAAUCUUUCUCUUUCAGAAUCCUCAACAGUCUCGCCUCCUUGAUCAGCUCCUGACAUCCCGACAUGACCUAGCCAAACUCGUUGGCUUUCCCACCUAUGCUCAGAGAGCACUGCGGGGAACCAUGGCUGGAUCUCCAGAGAAUGUCAUGCAGUUUUUAACGGCUACCGGUGAAAGGCUACUGGACAGAGUUACCAAGGAAAUCAAGGUCAUGAAAGAAAUCAAGAAAGAGUGCAAUCCUCACAACCCUGAAAUCUUUGCUUGGGAUCCAUCCUACUACAUUGGAGCUGCAAGAAAUAAAAAAUACAAUAUCACUAGUGCUGAGUACGCACCAUACUUCUCCGUGGGUGCCUGUAUGGACGGACUGAGUUUAAUCUUCAGCAAGCUGUAUGGGGUCACUCUGGAGAAUGUUGAGGCUGGGCGAGGAGAACUUUGGGCACCAAAUGUAUUGAAACUAGCCGUGACCCAUGAAACAGAUGGAGUUCUGGGAUAUAUCUACUGUGACCUGUUUGAACGGUCUGGCAAACCAAAUCAAGACUGUCAUUUCACAAUCCGGGGAGGUAGGAGACUAGACGAUGGAUCAUAUCAGCUCCCUAAAGUGGUUCUGGUCUGCAGUUUCAGUUCUCCUAGACCUGGUGCACCAUCUCUAUUAAGUCAUGGGAUGGUGGAGAACCUCUUCCAUGAGUUUGGUCAUGCAAUGCAUUCAAUGCUGGCAAGGACCCGCUACCAGCACGUAACAGGAACGCGCUGUGCCACCGACUUCGCCGAAGUGCCGUCCAUACUGAUGGAGUACUUUGCAAAUGACUACCGAGUUCUAAGCCAGUUUGCAAGACACCAUAAAACUGACCAGACCCUACCAGAGGACAUGAUUGCUCGACUCUGUGCUUCCAAAAAGCAGUUUGCAGCUUUUGAGAUGCAAACUCAGAUCUUCUACUCGAUACUCGACCAAAUCUUCCAUGGAGAACACCCUCUUAAGAAGUCCACAAUGGAGAUUUUGAGUGAAGUACAGAAUCAGUUCUCAUGCAUUAAAUAUGUACCAGGAACGGCAUGGCAUUUACGCUUUGGUCAUUUGGUCGGUUACGGGGCUAAGUACUACUCGUACCUCUUGUCUCGUGCCGUUGCGUCCAGCGUGUGGCAUCAGUGUUUUGCUGCUGACCCCUUGAGUCGUGACACUGGAGAGAGAUAUAGAUGGGACAUGUUAGCUCACGGUGGGGGGAGAGAACCAGCAGUGCUGGUGGAAAAUAUGUUAGGCAAGAAGCUAUCAACAGAUGAUCUCGUUGACGCACUACUGGCUGAGACAAUGGAACACUGAGCACCUCGCACAAUGAUGAGGAGGUACCAGACUACCUCACCUCGCAACCCUCAUUGUACAACAGUCAAACUAAGAAACAAUGCUGGGUAUUGUUUCUUCAGAAUCAAUGUUUCAAGCAGCAUGCUCACUGUUGCAACAUCUAGUGUGCCACAAUCAAUUUAGUUUUAUCGUCGCCUAAAUGGCUGGUAAAGACACUGGACACCUUUGGUAAUUGUCAUAGACCAGUCUUUUAAUUGGUGUAUCCCAACUUAAGCGU